AUGACUACUUGCUAUUGUGGCCUAAUCAUCCUCGCCAUUGUUUGCAUUGUGGCCCUUUUCUUGAAUUACACAAUACUUCCCAUGUUGGACAAUGAAUUCAAGUGGAUUAGAAGAGAAUCAAGAUUAUUGAAAGCUUUUGUAAAAGAUGUAGUACAACUUCUGCAUUUAGAGGUUCAGAUUGAUAGCGAACGUAGUCAACAUCAACUCUGGGAUUCCCAUUCAAACACAGAAAUUACUGAACUACAACAAAAUUUUGAGACAUGGAAAGAAGAAACCGAUAAUGUGGUUUUCGGAGCAAAUAUUAUUGUUGAGUUCUUUCUGAAAUACAGAGGGCACUUUUCCACAAGGUGUGCUUUAGUUAUCAAAUAUAGAGAAAUGAAGCGGAUCAAGAGUUUGAUAAACGAACGCCUUGAGCUGAUGCAAAUUUUUCCCAAAAACAUUUAUGGGUUACUGGAGAGAUCAAGGUCUAAACUCAGAGGCCUGCAGGGAAAACCUAUUGAUGAACACAAAUCUGCCAGUCCCAGACCACCAGUUUUCAGAGGAGUUGCAUUAGUUUCCUCUCUUUCAGAGAAAGUAAACAACAUGAUCACUCAAAACCAAGAUUUAAUAACUGGCAUGGAAUCUCAAAUACAGUUUGUCAAUUUGCAACUGCUCCUACUGCAUGCUUUCCUGAAAGAUUUGGAGGAAGUUGAAUCAGAAACUGCGAUGGAAAAGGCUUGGAUAGAUGAUGUUGCAGACUUUAUCAAUGAUGUAGACCAUGCCAUCCAUGCAUUCGAACAGAGAACAGAUUAUGCAAAUAGAUUGCCUCCAGAUGUCUAUUCUUGGAUACAAAACCUGAUGCUCCGGAUGGACGUUGAGUGGAUCAAUGCUGGCUUUUCUGGCCUUUACCAAGGAAAGGAUACAUACGGUUUCAAAUUUAUCAGAAGACGACAGCAGAGUCUCCAAUCUCAGAAUAACCCUGUCCCCAUAGAUGACACGAUAUCUGCUGUAAACAAGAUCCAACGUCAACUCAAUCAGGAACAAGAUAUACUUAUAGACGUAUAUCUUGAAGUCAAGGCACUAUUGAACCAGUUGAAGGACUUAUGUAAACUUUUUGAAGAUCCAAAAGCAGCUGAAGGUGUAAAUUAUUCAAGAAUGGCUUGCUUAGAAAAAAUGAGAUGCAUCUCUCUUGAUGCUGAGCAUUCCAUAACUAUAUAUAUAAAUUCAGCCAAAGGCAGGGAGAAUCAUCUAGACUACACAGGACAUGGGUCAAAGCUCUGCAUGGAAAUCAAGCGAAUCAAACAUACUAUCAAUCUUCUGAAUAGAAGUACCAAGGUAUACAACAUUGAACUAAGACAAAAGUCAAGAUCAAGCAUCGGCUUUGAAGAAGACACACAUGAAUUAGUCUCACGACUAACCAACAAUGAGGACAUCUCUGUUGAUUCCAUUGUAGGGAUGCAGGGCAUAGGUAAGACAACUCUCGCAAAAAUUGUGUAUAACCAUAAAGCCAUUGUCAAUCAUUUCCCUUUCCGUGCUUGGGUAUCGGUACCUCAAGAGUCCAAUGACGUCAACACACUUCUAGAAGAUGUGGGAAACCAGGUCCUAAAGAUUAGUGAAUUAGAGGAGGAACCAGAUGGAAAGGAUUUCUGGAUCAACAAAAUGAACAAGGUCUUGAAGGAAAAAAAGUUCCUUCUUGGUCUGGACAACAUCUUGACAAAGGAAGCCUGGGAUACUCUAAAAGAAGCAUUCCCGAAAACCACAAAUGGAAGUAAAAUUUUGCUGACCACACACAGCAGGACUGUAGCUUCACAUGCUAAUCAAGAUAACACACCCUACCAACUUCGACUUCGAACCAAAGAAGAGAGCUGGCGGUUGUUUAUCCAGAGGGCACAGUUUCCACCUGAUAAUCUGAGACCGUCACACACAGAAGCACUAGAGGAAGUUGUGGAAAGAUGUGGGGGCUUACCCCAAGCCAUUGAAUAUCUUGUGGAUAAAUUUUCAGGAAAAGAUGUGACUGCUCUGGAUUUGCGAAGGGUGCCUAUCAAUGAUCAUUUCCAAAACGGAUGGUCCAAAACCUUGGAGAAUGAAGAUUUGAGUGAAGAUUUGAAGAAAUGUUUUUCUUACUUCAGACUCUUUCCUAGCAACUUUGAAAUUCCUACAAGGAGACUAAUUGCUUUGUGGGUUGCACAAGGGUUGGUGAAACAAAGUGAUGUUGAGAAAGAAACUCUAGAAGAUGUUGCAGAGAAGUAUUUAUCUGAAUUGAUUGGCCUGAACAUGAUUCAAGUAGUACAAAAAAAGAUUAAUGGGAAAGUAAAGACAUGUCGCUUGCCGAAUGCUUUGCUAGAGCUCUGCCUGUCCAAAUGUGUGAGUUCAGAUCGGCAACUUGCUGAUCAUUUUAACAAAAAUGACGCCAGUUUUGCUCAUAUUCAUGGUAACAACACAACAUCGGCUGAUCUGCAAGGUUAUAAAAGGCAUGUUUCCUUCCUGUCCUUUGACACACGGGAGGGAACUAAGCCUGGAGAAGACAUUGAGAACUUCCUUCGCAAGGCCAUUUCAAGUGGAUGCUUCAAAGUUUUAAAGGUUCUUGAUCUCGAGCGUGUAUUCAGACCGCAACUACCCAAUGCCAUAAGAAACUUGAUUGAACUGAAGUAUCUUGGCUUAAGGUGGACAUACCUCGAGAUGAUCCCAUCAUCCAUAGGUAACUUGCGGAAGCUUCAAACUGUAGAUGUGAAGGAUACUUAUCUCCACACUCUCCCUUCUUCAAUAUGGAAACUGAAAGAACUUCGGCACCUAUAUUUGAACCAGAUUUAUCGAAGUAAAUUCGCACAUCAACCAAGUUCCAAUUCCUUGAAGAACUUGCAAACAUUAUGGGGUGUUUUCGUGGGUGAGGACAGUCAUCUGAAGGAUGGGCUGGAAAAGUGGACAAACCUUCGGAAAUUGGGACUGGCACUUCAAUUACCAUCACAACAGCAAAGGGCAUUGGCAAAGUGUGUAGUGAAACUGAACAACCCUGAAUGUUUGAGUUUGAGAUCUAUUGAUGAAAUGAGCAAACCUCAGGUUCUAUACUUGGAGUCUUUAUCAGGUAUGGAAAAUCUCACCAGCCUCUAUCUAUUUGGAAAGCUAGAGAUUCCAUCCAUCAUAUCUGAGUUUCUACAAAGUCUCUCAGACCUUACCUUGUCUGCCUCUGGGCUUAAGAAUGACCCGAUGCCAGCUUUAGAUAAACUCCCCAAUCUCAAAUCACUCUGUUUCUACUCUGGUUCUUAUGAAAGAAGAGAGAUGGUCUGCUCCAGAGGGAGAUUUACCAAGCUUCUAGUUCUGAAACUUUGGAAACUAGAGAUGCUAGAAGAGCUGCAGGUGGAGGAAGGAGCAAUGCAAAAUUUGAGGGAGUUGGAUAUCAGGUCUUGCAAGGAGUUGAAGUUUCCCACUGGGUUAAAGCACCUAAAGAAUUUACGUGAAUUGAAUUCAUGGGGUAUGCCAGAGGAAUUCACAACAAGAAUCGAGGAAAUAAGGGGCAAAUUUGGGAUGUCAUUGCCCAUUUCCUACCAUUACUGA